CAGCGACACUGGCAUGCCCGUUGCCGUUAAGAGGCUCAGCCAGAAAGGCAUCCAGGGCCACAGGGAAUGGCUGGUCAGUACUCACCACCAAUCAUCCCAAUUCAUUUCAUCUCUUCAAUUCUGCAUGCUGAAGUGAAUUACCUUGGCAGAUUGUCGCAUCCCAAUCUGGUGAAGCUCCUAGGCUACUGCCUCGAAGACGUGCAGCACCUACUUGUCUACGAGUUCAUGCCACAGGGAAGCUUGGAGAACCAUCUUUUCGGGAGGAGCUUAAAUUUCCACUCACUGUCAUGGAAUGUGAGGAUGAAUGUUGCUCUUGGAGCAGCUAAGGGGCUUGCGUUCCUCCACAGCGACAAGGCCAACGUCAUCUACCGCGAUUUCAAGACGUCAAAUGUUCUCCUUGAUUCGAGCUACAGCGCAAAGUUGUCUGAUUUUGGGUUGGCGAGGGAUGGGCCAAACGAUGAUGAGAGCCAUGUCUCUACAAGGGUCAUGGGCACAGAUGGAUAUGCAGCCCCUGAAUAUCUGGAUACAGGCCAUCUGACGACGAAGUGCGAUGUGUACAGUUUUGGUGUGGUGCUCCUGGAGAUCCUAUCCGGCCGGCGAGCCCUGAGCAGGAGCCGUCCGUCCAGCGAGCGCAACCUGGUGGAGUGGGCGCGGCCGUACCUGAAGAGCAAGCGACGCAUCUCCCACAUCCUGGACGCGCGGCUGGACGGGCAGUACUCCCUUGGCGGCGCGCAGAAGGCUGCUGCACUCGCGCUCCGGUGCAUCUCCAUCCACCCGAGAGUCCGGCCGGGCAUGGAGCAGGUGGUGGUGGCGCUGGAGCAGCUCGAGGACGACAAGGAGACCGUGACGAGUGGUCAGGGGAAGGCAAAUGGCGGCGGCACAUGCGGCUUCUUCAGGAUGUGUAGUGGUGGCCGGCAGCAGCAGCAGCAACCGUAGCCCGCGGUAAGGCGGCUGCACGGGUGAGCACUGAUAAAGGAUUCAUUGUAACGAGAGAUGAUUUAUUAGUGCUUCUUGCUUUUGCAAAUUCAGGGUUUUCAUUUUUCUUUUCUUUUUUGCUUCUUUGGGCACGGUGAUGACGGGUUGAGUUUCUGUUUUGAGGCAACUCCACUGUGUCGCUGGUUUCCCGGUAGAAAUGAGCUCAAAAAUAGCAUGAGAAAAUGUCUUUACUUCCAUGGAUGGAUUGAUCAAUGAUGCAUGGUAAUCAGACCUGAUGUUAAAUGGUAAUCAGUUAUGAACUGAACCACUACCGAACUGAACUGUACUAUAUUUCUAACUGUUUGGUUAUCUUGUACAUGUUUCCUCCAAGAAAUGCUGAAAUUCUACCAGCUAGAAACAUUUCUCUCAUAAUAAUUUUUCCGUUUCAAAAUUGAUAGUUAUUUACAUCCCACAGGAAAAUCAAAGGAUAAUAUUGGAGUUGCAUAACAAAUCUUGACAUAAUCCAGAAGUAAGUCAGCAGCAAGAUUUUUUUUUCCACAGACAUGGACGUUCGCAUUUGCUGCACACUAUGGAUUUGGCAUAGUCCAACAAUCAUGUUAAUUCUUUUUAGAAGAUACUCAACUCAUCUUGAAAAAAGGUUAACGUGGUGGAGUUUAAGGAACUGGGAUUGUCGUCUAUGGCUUUUGGCACUUCAUAAUUCAAAGAUAGAUUAGUAUAUCGUUAUUCUUUAAGGGUAUUUCAUACUUUCAGUUGAGUUAGAAAAUCUUAUGAUCAUUAGGGACAAUCUCUUUAAUCCUUCCUGUAACCAUGAUGGCACUUACAUGCCUUUUACUAGUUCUGUUGUUUGCCAUCCCUGGUGCUAUACUGCUAUGUAACUUGUGUUCUUGCUCUGUUAAAUCGUAGCUAUGGCUUGAUGCCUUGGUUCGAUCCUUAUGUCAUAUAGGUAGAAUCCCAAGCAUUCGUAUCAAAAUGGCCCGUGAUUGUGGAUAUUUGCAUUUUGACUGGAUUUUCACCGUGGAAUGUAUUUAUUUCUAACGAUGACCUUUCUUUUUAAGCUUGUUUUACUGCUAUGUACAUUAUGUUGAUAUAAUCGCGAGCUGGUAAAUACUCCC